AUGAAGCUCCUUUGCCUCCACGGUGCCUACGGCAACGCCGAUACAUUUCGUAUCCAGCUAGCUCCUUUUCUUAAUGCAGUUGGCGACGUAAAGAAUUUAGAUUUUACCUGGAUUAAUGGUGCACACAGCGCCACACCACCAGAGGGCUACGAGAGUUACUUUGGCAAUAACGGGCUGUACAGGUUUAUCGAUUUUGACGGCAUAACAGCGCUGGAUGACAUGAUGUUCAAGAUCAGAGACAUGCCGGAAGGUGAAUCGGCCGAGGAUUCCAUUCGAAAGCUUGUUGUUGGUUCUACUUGGCCGUCCAAGAAUGUCACCACCACGAUAGAUCGCUUGUUCAGGUUAAUAGACGAGGACCCCGAAAUUGAUGGCAUACUUGGAUACUCGGAGGGAGCUACGGUGGCGGCCACACUCAUACUAGAGGAGCAGCGAAGGUGUCGUGAAGAGGGUAGAGAUCGUCGUUUGAAUUUUGGUGUUUUCUUUUCCGGGUGGCCACCGGUAUUCAUCAAAGGGGAGAGGGUUGAGUGUAUCCUAGCUGACGAACAUGAGCAUCUCAUUGAAAUUCCAACUUUGCACAUCGUUGGCAGCAAAGAUCCUUACAUCCACGGAGCAGUGGCCCUUUUCAACGUUUGCGAUUCGGAAACUGCGAUGCUUUUCGACCAUGGCAAGGGGCAUACAUUGCCAAGGGACGAGAGAACAGUCGCAGAAUUGUCCUUAGCCGUGGAUGAUGCCUUGAAUCUAGUAGCACAAUGCACGUCCUAG